GCAAUCAAGCAUGGCUGUAAUGGCGAGAUCGGGCUCCCUCAGCCCUCUGAGCUCUCAUCUCAGAGAAUCUCCUCUUAUCAAUCCGAGGCUGGUGCGUCCCGAACUGAAAAUUUCCCAAGUUCCAUUAAGCAGCGUGAGGACAAAGAACGCGAGAUACUCUCCUACUAUUUCCCCUGUAAUAAGAGCUCAGAGCUCCCCAGAUUUUACACCUGAAGCAAAGUUCUACAAGAUUGAAGCUAUUCUGAGAUCGUGGCGCAUUCCGCAAGUUUCCUCGGCUCUAUUGAAGAUGGGUAUACGUGGUGUUACAGUUUCUGAUGUUCGGGGAUUUGGGGCUCAGGGUGGGUCAACGGAAAGGCAUGCUGGUUCUGAAUUUUACGAAGACAAUUUUGUAACUAAAGUAAAAAUGGAAGUUGUGGUUAGCAAAGAGCAGGUUGAAGAAGUAAUUGACAAGAUAAUUGAGGAGGCAAGAACUGGAGAAAUUGGGGAUGGCAAGAUAUUUUUGAUGCCCAUUUCAGAUAUAAUAAGAGUUCGCACAGGUCAGCGUGGUGAAGAGGCAGAGAGGAUGACUGGUGGGCGUUCUGAAAUGAUCUCUUCCAUGACAAGUAAUUGAGAUGCGAGUCUGUGACUUCAGUUUUGUAAGACUAACAUCUAAUCCACUCCUGAUGAUCAACU